CCUCCCUUCGGGCCCUUGGUCGGUCGGCCCAAUUAUUAUGUAGAUGGAGAACAUUCUUUAAAUACCUAUGGGAUCUAGGUUUUCUCUGUUGUAUUCCUGAUCCCAUGAUUUUAUAUUUUAUGAAAUUAAAUGGAAUGGCUAUACCUGGUAGUAUAACAGGAACAGAAGUGACAGAAUUUCCCAUCCCAGAAGUGAUGACAGAAGAGUGGACAGAAUUUUUGACAUUUUAUCAGGUCGUGCAACACAACAAUGAACUAGAACACAUAUGUGAUUACUGUGCCAUCAGAGAGCCAUUUGAGCUGGAUAAGCAGAAGCAAAGGUCAUCUAUGUGUGAAUACAAUACAUCUAAUUCCCCUCAAAUACCAGAACACGAGCCUAUUUAUGGAUAUAAGCCUUGGGUGCCGGAAAUGUCCUUCUGGAUCACCAGUUGGUUUGAUGUGUGUGGUGGUACAGUAGAAGGUGAUCACAAGAAGAUUAUAAAGCACAUAAAGAGCAUGGGGAAAAAGUUUUUAAUUCAUGUAAGUGCCUAA